CAGAAGUUGCAGGUGUUGCAAUCGACCCCCCUUACUUUGCCCCAGUCUCCCCCCAGUGUGGGACGUCCCAAUGGGCGGAUUUCAGGAGGGUUUGACAAGUAAAACUCCCAGUGUCGAUUCUCUCGUCAAGUGUUGUCGCGCGUGUUUAUUUCUUGGCUGGAGUAUGAGCGGACCAAAGCUACAGCAUCUUCUUGGCACCUCUGUCUUUUCUCUCAUGCUGCUACCUCUGGUGUUGUCUUGUGACAGCAACCGGACUAUGAGAGAGAUCGCUGAGGACUACGAGUCUGUCAUCUCCCUGCUCCUUCAGAACCUUGAGAACAACAUCACUGAAUCAUUAAAAGUGUCUCAUAAAAGCUGCACAGGGGAAAUGCCUGAAUGUGAGAAGGAUAACGAAAGACAGUUUAUUAACAACAUGAUGUGUAGCCAUACCAGACUCAUUAGGCUCUUUAAGCUAGAGAGGCUCAAGAGAGAAAUCCUGUGCUCACUGGGCCGCUACUGUCCUAGAAAACAGAGGAGUUCACAAGGACAGCACACAACCCAUCGGCAUCAGAGGAGAAAGAAGAAGAAGCCAGGAGGGGAAACGGUGGAGGAGAAAGAGAGAACGGAGGAGAACAGAGGGACCACGGAGGGAGGGGAGAGUUUGAACACUUGGAAACAGCAGGGACGAGAGAGAAAGGAGAGAAGCAGGAGCACAGAGGCCAUGAAAAGGAGGCGGAGACAGUGUGGACUGAAGGUGUUUGUGGACAGCCUGAAGGAGUGCUACAUGUCUCUGGCUGAAAGACAUGGAGACCUGAAGUGAGAGGAGAGAUGCAGCCGAGCUAACCCCAUCAAGCAUUUAUUUACCACUUUCUUGCAGGUAUACCCCUUUAUACAUAUCAGUGGGUAACUGGCAAAAUCCGAGGGGUGGAGAGUGUUUUUAAACCAUGGGGGCUGUUUGCAUUUCAAAUUAGGGAGGAGUUAAACAAUUAAGUGUUAAUGAAUUUACUUGCAAAAAAAGCAAAGAGAAACAUUCACACAGAUUUCUGUCUUUUGUUUACAGGCUCUGUGAAAAUGCAGGAACCAUGACUAGGUGUUUAGGUGUUUUUUAUUUCCCAUGCUUUCUACACCUUUCAUAAGCUAGGUUUCCAUUCAACUGGAGACAGACGUGAAUAGUCUAAAAUGUACGUAAUAAAAUAUUCACAUUUUCCCACCUGACUUGUUUCCAUCAAAUUGAUCCAUCAAAUUGACUUGUUUCCAUCAAAUUGACUUGUUGCUGAUAAAAGGCUGUGCGUUAGGAUGGAAGGCACAUAAAAGUCACUUUUGUAGUUAAAUUACCAUGUACAGAAUAAAACAUACAAGUUAAAUGGGUUUCGAUUGCAUUUUCAACUCUACUGAUGGUUUUGUCACUAAACAUGUUGAGUUAUAUAACGAAUGUACCCACUCAGGUAUUGGCAUGUACGCUCUAUCGCAGAUACAGUGUCUACAUGAUGAGAUUCUUAUUGACAAAAGAGCAUUUUUGUUUGUCAAACGGCAUCCAAGCAUUGAUCAUCAUGUCACCAGAAUAAGACCCUCGAUAUUUAUUGGAAAAGAGCAUGAAGCUCAUCACCUUACACUUUCACCACCCUGUAAAGUUCAUCAUAACUUAUUGCAUCUGUAGCCUAAUAAACUACAUGCUUUUCUGAGUCGUAGGAGGAGGACCAAACACCAUGUCAUCACGUGACUCCAAGUUUACUUCCCUAUGAUGGUUAUUAUAUCAAUAUUUGCACAUAAGAGUUUCCACUGCCCUUUCUCACAUAAUUAAUUUGACAAACAACGAUCCCAUCUUGUCUAGAGUAUUUUGUUUUGUCGACAUUUGGAAAGUUUACCGACAAAUUAGCUGUUUCCAUCAAGCCUGUCUUGACAUUUUUUAUCCGACAUGUGCUUUACUCGCAUAAAAAUGUUACCUGGUUAGAAAAACUAAAAGUGGUAUAAGAAUGCAGGCAUAGUAAAUUAGUGGGAUUUUGGUAUGUGUAUGAAAGGGAUAUUACUGUAAAAUGUAUACAGUUACUGUAAAAAGAAAGUGUAUAGUAAACAUCCUGUAAGGUAGUAUAGUCUGUAUACAGUUACUGUAAAAUGAAAGUGUAUAGUAAACGUCCUGUAAGGUAGUAUAGUCUGUAUACAGUUACUGUAAAAUGAAAGUGUAUAGUAAACGUCCUGUAAGGUAGUAUAGUCUGUAUACAGUUACUGUAAAAAGAAAGUGUAUGGUAAACAUCCUGUAAGGUAGUAUAGUCUGUAUACAGUUACUGUAAAAAGAAAGUGUAUAGUAAACGUCCUGUAAGGUAGUAUAGUCUGUAUACAGGGCUUUCGGAUAGUAUUCAGACCCUUUGACUUUUUCCACAUUUUGUUAGUUUAUGUUGUGGAAUAUUGACUCAAAAUAUUUCACAGAUACCGGAACUUGUAAAUUCAAUUAGACUGGAACAACCCCCCUUUCUCAUCACAGAGCUCUGUCUAAUUUUCCUUCUUAACAUAACACAUAUAGUCACUCCCUUGUAUGUAUAUGAAUAAGUCCCCUUGGCCUUGCGCCACCAUUAUCUUGAUACAAAAAAAUCAUACAUUUAUUGCAUACAUAUGUCUCCAGUAUUAGUUAUUUUCCGAUGAUCCUAGAUCAGUACAACCAUGGUUUCUUUGUUACAUUUUCUGCUGACAUCCUGUUUCUACAUGUUUGGUUAUCAGCUUCAUAUACCUUUCCUGCUGACAUGCAAUUUCUACAUGUCUGGUGAUGUAUUCCAUAUGUCUUUUCUGCUGACAAUAUGUUUUUACUGUCGUCUAAUGGUCAACUAUGUUUAUCUAGCUCAGUCCAUUUAUCUGAGCUCAGCAGAUAUUCUGCUCACAUAUGUCUUAUUCGUUAUAUAUGUUUUUCUGUCUCAACGCUUCAAAGUGGUCAGUCUGAAUACUGGAAAUGUAAUCAUUGGCAUGAGUUUCGCUCCUACAGUUACAGCCUUAUUCUAAAAUGUAAUACAUAGUUUUUCCCCCCCUCAUCAAU